CUGGAGCGGGGGGGAGAAGCGGCGGCGGCGGCGGCGGCUGCAGCUCCGGGGAGGGUGUCGGAGUCGCCUGUCACCAUUUCCAGGGCUGGGAACGCCGGAGAGUUGGUCUCUCCCCUUCUACUGCCUCCAACACGGCGGCGGCGGCGGCGGCACAUCCAGGGACCCGGGCCGGUUUUAAACCUCCCCUCCGCCGCCGCCGCACCCCUCCUGGCCCGGGCUCCGGAGGCCGCCGGAGGAGGCAGCCGUUCCGAGGAUUAUUCUUCUCCCCAUUCCGCUGCCGCCGCUGCCAGACCUCUGGCUGCUGAGGAGAAGCAGGCCCAGUCGCUGCAACCAUCCAGCAGCCGCCGCAGCAGCCAUUACCCGGCUGCUGUCCAGAACCAAGCGGCAGCAGAGCGAGGGGCAUCAGCCACCGCCAAGUCCAGAGCCAUUUCCAUCCUGCAGAAGAAGCCCCGCCACCAGCAGCUUCUGCCAUCUCUCUCCUCCUUUUUCUUCAGCCACAGGCUCCCAGACAUGACAGCCAUCAUCAAAGAGAUCGUUAGCAGAAACAAAAGGAGAUAUCAAGAGGAUGGAUUCGACUUAGACUUGACCUAUAUUUAUCCAAACAUUAUUGCCAUGGGGUUUCCUGCAGAAAGACUUGAAGGCGUAUACAGGAACAAUAUUGAUGAUGUAGUAAGGUUUUUGGAUUCAAAGCAUAAAAACCAUUACAAGAUAUACAAUCUAUGUGCUGAAAGACAUUAUGAUACCGCCAAAUUUAACUGCAGAGUUGCACAGUAUCCUUUCGAAGACCAUAAUCCACCACAGCUAGAACUUAUCAAACCCUUUUGUGAAGAUCUUGACCAAUGGCUAAGUGAAGAUGACAAUCAUGUAGCAGCAAUUCACUGUAAAGCUGGAAAGGGACGAACUGGUGUAAUGAUUUGCGCAUAUUUGUUACAUCGGGGCAAAUUUUUAAAGGCACAAGAGGCCCUAGAUUUCUAUGGGGAAGUAAGGACCAGAGACAAAAAGGGAGUAACUAUUCCCAGUCAGAGGCGCUAUGUAUAUUAUUAUAGCUACCUGUUAAAGAAUCAUCUGGAUUAUAGACCAGUGGCAUUGUUGUUUCACAAGAUGAUGUUUGAAACUAUUCCAAUGUUCAGUGGCGGAACUUGCAAUCCUCAGUUUGUGGUCUGCCAGCUAAAGGUGAAGAUAUAUUCCUCCAAUUCAGGACCCACACGACGGGAAGACAAGUUCAUGUACUUUGAGUUCCCUCAGCCGUUGCCUGUGUGUGGUGACAUCAAAGUAGAGUUCUUCCACAAACAGAACAAGAUGCUAAAAAAGGACAAAAUGUUUCACUUUUGGGUAAAUACAUUCUUCAUACCAGGACCAGAGGAAACCUCAGAAAAAGUAGAAAAUGGAAGUCUAUGUGAUCAAGAAAUUGAUAGUAUUUGCAGUAUAGAGCGUGCAGAUAAUGACAAGGAAUAUCUAGUACUCACUUUAACAAAAAAUGAUCUCGACAAAGCAAAUAAAGACAAGGCCAACCGAUACUUUUCUCCAAAUUUUAAGGUGAAGCUGUACUUCACAAAAACAGUAGAGGAGCCAUCAAAUCCAGAGGCUAGCAGUUCAACUUCUGUAACACCAGAUGUUAGUGACAAUGAACCUGAUCAUUAUAGAUAUUCUGACACCACUGACUCUGAUCCAGAGAAUGAACCUUUUGAUGAAGAUCAGCAUACACAAAUUACAAAAGUCUGA